AUGACGACACCUGCUGGACGGAUCCAGUAUGUACGCGGGUGCGUGGUGCACGCCCCGCAGCGCGGCUCCGUCGAGCUGUUCGAGGACGCCUUCCUCUCGAUCGACCGCGAGUCCGGCCGCAUCACUUGUUUCCACUCGCAGACGCAGGCGGAAGACCUCCUGCUGCUGUCCUCCUGCGCGCCCUCCGACGUGCUGCAGCUCUCUCCGCGGCAGUUCCUCAUGCCUGGCUUCGUGGACACGCACGUGCACGCGCCGCAGUUCGUCUUCAUGGGGACGGCCACGGACGAGCCGCUCAUGCGCUGGCUGGACAAGUACACGUUCCCCGUGGAGCAGAGCUUCGAGGACGAGAGCUUCGCCUCGCGCUGGUACGCCCGCCUGCUGGACAGGAUGCUGCGCGAGGGCAUCACCACGGCCCAGUACUUCGCCACCAUCCACGUCCAGGCCACCAAGAUCCUGGCGGACCUGGCGGAGACCCGCGGCCAGCGCGCGCUCAUUGGCCUCGUGUCUAUGGACCGGAACGCGCCCGACUCGUACGUGUCGCCGAGUCUGGACCAAUGUCUGGAGGACGCCGAGGAGUUCGUCAAGUACGCGCUGGCCAAGCGCAACGAGCUGGUGAGGCCCGUGGUGACCCCGCGGUUCGUGCCGACGUGCUCGCUGCAGCUGCUGAAGGGGCUGGGAGCGCUGGCGGCCAAGUACGACGUCCACGUGCAGUCGCACAUCGCCGAGGCCCUGGACGAAGAGGCCUUCGUGGAGUCGCUGCACCCUGGUCGGCGUGACACGGAGCUGUUCGAGGAGGCGGGGCUGCUGACGGAGAAGAGCUGCAUGGCCCAUGCCGUGCACCUGAAGGAGAAGGAGCUCGAGGUCAUGCGCCGCACGGGGACGUCCAUCGCGUGCUGCCCGCUGUCCAACUUCUUCUUCGCCAACGGGCUGCUGGACGUGAGGAAGGUGCUGAACAAGGACGUGGAUGUCGGCCUGGGCACGGACAUCGCCGGAGGGUACUCGCCCAGCAUGCUGCGCGCCAUCCAGACGUGCGUGUUGGGCGUCAAGGCGCUGGAGAUGCGAGACGGCACGUCCGGAGCUCCACCGCAGCCGUUUGACUUCAAGGACGCAUUUUGGUUGGCGACGAUGGGAGGAGCGAAGGCGCUGCGCCUGGAGAACGACACGGGCAGCUUUGCAGUUGGGAAGUGCUUCGACGCGAUUCUUGUGGAUGUGGACCGCGGCAGUAAUUUGGUGGUGUCGGACCGUGAUACGCCCAUGGACGUCUUCCAAAAGGCUAUUCACAACGGAGACGACCGCAAUUUUGCAAAGGUUUUCGUGAAAGGCAAGGUGGUGCACGAAGCUACAGCAUAG